AUGAAGCCCCACUAUGAAACUUGGAUUACACACAAGAUUGUCGUUGUGAAGGUUAUUGGGCCUAUCAAAUCUGAAAGCUUCCCUAAUGCGAAGUUCAAGGUUGCGAGAGGAUCAACUUGUCAAACCUACGAGUUCACCCUCGCAGACCUGCCUUGUUUAAAUCCCCAUGACUGGAUGGUACUUUACAACAUGUUGUUGCGAGAGAAAGAGAAGUACGGACUUGUGAUGUCCCAUCUCCAACUUAUGAUCAAGUCUAAUAUUCGGGAAGUUGGAUUGAUGGAUGUGGAUAUUGCCGCAGUUUUGAGGCAGAAGCCAAACGUUGUUCCAAAGGAAACUCUGAAAGACUACGAAAAGUUAAAGCCAGGAAAAAUAUACAAGGAAGGAUGGUUCGUAGUAUACACGUCAAGAGAUCGACCUGGAGUAGAAUGUCGCAAAUCUCAUUUCCAUCUAGAAGACAAACAUUUGUAUACUACUUCGUGUCUGGAAUUUAUAUUGGACCUGGUUACGAAGUUCAAGGGAAACCACAAGGAUGAUGUUAAAUGCUUCUCAGAUAUGAUUGUGUGGUAUAUCCAGGUUCGCAAGUUGUUGUUGUGUUUCAUGCCAAAAAUAUACGAAGUGCAGAAGCGAAUCACCAACUAA